AUGUCUGGCCGGCAGCAAUCGAGGUACGCGAGUUCCAAUCCCGGAAACCUAGGCCAAACCACAUUAAGCCUGAUCGGCUACCUCUGCUUUGCCGUUUUCGUCGUCUGCGCCGUCGUAUUCACCGUGAACUACGAGCCCCGCGACCCCCAUUUCCUCCCCGCCUCAAAGAUCGGAAAUUUCCUUCCCUCUGAACCCGACCCCAAUCAGGCGGCGCUGGAGUCCUUAUUCAACGACACCGAUUUGGAUUCCCUGGUCGGGCACGGACCCGAAGAGUCCCUUGCCGGCCCCGAUGCCCGCGUCUGCAAGGCCGAAGACCCGAUCGACUGCCGCGAUCCGGACCUGUUUCACCUGCUGAUGCGGGCCACCAUCGAGAAGUUCAAGGACGUCCACUUUUACCGGUUUGGGAAGCCCGUUGAGGGAGACAACGGCUCCUCCUGCCACAUGGCGUGGCGCUACCGGCCCAAAGACAGCAAGCCAGCUUCCUUUAACAAGGACUAUAGGAGCUUCGUUGUGUCCAGGUCCAAGAAUUGCACGAUGAGUGUGGUUGGCAUUGGCGAAUAUCACUCGGGCGUGAAUGCUCGGAAGAAAAAGGGGAAAGCAAAGAAAAGGCCUGAAGAUAACAAUAAUAAUAGUAAUACUACUUUGGCAAUUGAGGUUGGUGAGACUGCAAAUGACGAGCUUCCUGAAGUAUUAUCCGAGGGUUCGUUUAUCCGAGGGAAGUAUUUGGUGUACUCGGGUGGUGGGGACAGGUGCAAGAGCAUGCAUCAAUACCUGUGGAGCUUCACGUGCAUGCUUGGCGAGGCGCUGUUUUUGAACCGAACGCUUGUCAUGGACCUUAGCCUCUGUUUAUCCAAGAUAUACUCUUCGUUUAGCGUGGAUGAGGAAGGCAAGGAUUUCAGAUUCUACUUUGAUUACGAGCACUUGAAGGACUCGGCCUCUGUGCUCGACCGGACUCAGUUCUGGUCCGCUUGGGACAAGUGGCAGCAGAAGGGUAUAUUGGGCCUCCACCUUGUGGAGGAUUUUCGGGUUACGACUGUGAAGCUAGCCGAGGUGAAGGAUGCUUUAAUCAUGAGGAAAUUUGGGUCGGUUGAGCCCGAUAACUACUGGUACCGGGUCUGUGAGGGCGAGGCGGAGCCCAUCAUUAAACGGCCGUGGCACAUGAUCCGUAAAUCGAGAAGGUUGCUUGACAUUGCCUCGGGUAUUGUGUCGAGAUUGAACUCGGAUUUUGACGCUGUACGUGUCGAGCGUCGGGAGAAGGUUAAAAAUAAGGAGAUAUGGCCUAAUCUCUAUAGGGACACCUCGCCGGAAGCGAUUAUGGUGGCGUUGAGGGGAAGGAUUGAGGUGGGAAGGGACCUUUACAUUGCCACAGACGAGCGGGACGUGUCGUUUUUUGAUAAUUUGAAGGGAAAAUACUCGACUCAUUUCCUCGAUGACUAUAAAGAUUUGUGGGAUGGUAACAGUGAUUGGUUUGAUGAGAUGACAAGGCUUAAUAAUGGGAAUGCGGUCGAGUUUGAUGGUUAUAUGAGGACGUUGGUCAAUAGUGAGGUGUUUCUGAAGGGGAAAAAGCAGGUAGAGACUUUUAAUGAUCUCACGAGGGAUUGCAAGGAUGGUGUUGGCACAUGCACGUUGAGCGGCUAG